AUGGGUGUGUCUGAAAGCCCUAAUCAGCCGUCUGGUUCUCCGACGCGGCUGAGACAACAACGAUUUAGUGUUUCUCCGCGCCAUGAGCGCAGUUCCACCGCUGGUGGGGGUGCCCGUGAGGUCAGUUUCGGUGGGGGGGACGAUCUGGACGGAGACUCUUCGGACGAAGACUUGUUCAACAUGAGGAAGCGGCGACGCAAUGCGACGCGAGCCCCGACAAAAGCAGUCAAGCAGAAAGGUCCUGUUUCUGCCGCCAACUCCAUCACGUCGCUCUUGUCUAAUACAAUGAACCUGAGGUCAAAGGAUAAGCUGAGCAGUCUGCUAGGGUUCGACCUCGACUCCGCGUUGAAGGUUGACAAGCUGACGGAGCAGCACGCCAACUUGAUGGCUCUCCGGCAAGAGGAGGACGUGAUCGAUCGGCUGGCCCAGCAAAAAAUGGACGACUUGAGCAAGAGAGAGCAGGACAAGACGCGAAUAGACAAGAUGAUCACCGAACGGGUUGAUCCGCACCAAGAGGGUUAUGUUGAGUAUUUGCGGAAAGAGCUUGUGAACGGCGAUAUUUCGAAGUUGGAAGACGUUUAUUUUCUGGACUCCGUGGGCAGUUAUGGCCAGUCUGAGCCAGACCUUUCGAGUCUGCAACAGGACGCUCUUCUUGGCCACAACUGGUUCCCUGUGCGGACGAUAUUGACAGACACAGACAUCCACUCGUUCAUCCAGGUUUCGUCCCGCUACGUGUGGGACCUGCUGCACUCAGACUUGGCCAAUAGCUAUGCUCUGAAUAGCGAAAAAGUGAACGACUUCCUAACCCAAAACGGCAUGGUAGACAGACCGGUCGAGUACAUGCUGGCCUCGAAAAAAUCACUGCCUGCCGCUCCAGAACAGGUUCUCAAGCUGUAUUGUCUGGUAGAGCUUGCGCGCGCAUCCGACAAUACGGAAACUCGCACCGGCUUCGACAGACUGCUGCGUGCUACCGUGCUGCUGAUGGUGGACGCGCGCGUGAACGAGGGCAAUGUGGACGACUACAUAGUUCUGGGCCGCGAGACGGUGAGCUCGCUUCAGCUGCUUAACAAGACGCUCGUCAGUCUCGCCCAGUGGUUCCAUGAAUUGUCCACUAAACCAAGACCCGAAACGUUUGCCGGGUGGUGCACAGAGGUGUCGAGAAUGGUUGCAGAGCAGUUCGGCAACCGGCUGGUGCUGGUCCACCGGCUGAUCAGCAAUAUCACCGCGGUAUCUGUGCCGAUGCUCAAGAGUCUCAAGCUUUGGUUGGUGGUGUGGACGCUGCUGGUGAACGACCAGUACGACGAGUCUAAACACGACAAGGACCAGUUGUUGCGGCUCAAGUCGUCGCUGUUGACGUACAGCCUGGACCCAGACCAGGUGGUGAGCUCUGUGUACCAUUUUGCACGCUAUUUCAGCCAGUGUAGUCUCGCGUCGCCGGCGUCGCCAGAGCUGUCUGCACACUUGUUGGCCCACGCACACACGCGAAUCAGACUGUUCCAAAUGGCCAUCUUCAUGACAAUCGGAACAAUGAAGAAGUCCGAGAUCAACAGGAACCUCCAGUUCCCUGCAAGCCACGACUCAUACUACUCGAAACACCACUACGAAAAACUCCACAUCGACCUCAGUGGAGUGCCCGAAAACGAAUAUCUAUUGCACCACAUGAAGUUCUAUAUCAACUUGGUGAAAAACAGGUACUUCCGCAACUACCAUAAUGCCAUUCUGCCGCUGGUGACGGAGUGUAUUGCCAUUCUGACAAACGUGCUGUCCCGGAUCGAGCGCGAACUGACGAUGCCGGAGAUUUUUAGCGACUGA